CAAUGUUACUUCUAAUUUUAAGAUUGCGCAUAUCCACCUCCCGCAGCCCAGUCUAACACCGCGUUUACAAUCUGCAGGUACCUCCUCACCACUCAGUCCAUUCUCCAAGCCUGGGGGGUCAAUUCAUUCAAAUCGUUUUACACAACACACAAUAAUAACCUCAACAAACUUCCUUCUUUCCUUGUCACUUGUUCUUUACUUUUUCUUGUUACUUCAUCCAAGAAAAUAAUGCCCACAAGGGUAAUUACUUAUGAUAUUCAAGUCCUGGAUUCUCCACUCAUUCAUUCGUCAUGGCAGAAGAAAAUAAUCAACCCCCUCAAGUCUCACAACAAAAAUACUCUAGGUACAGAUCUGUAAGAGCUUUACCAUCAAAUACCGAUCUCAAUACUCCAAAUCAAGAUGUCCAACAAAAUCAAAGUACUUCCUUAUCAAGGACCAAAAGUAUGUCCAGAUAUCGACGACCGAAGUUGGCCCCCAAAUCCGAAGAUUCGCCCUCUGUGCCCACAGUGCCAGAAUCGCAUGGCCCGCCCACAUCCCCAAAUUCUACUGCGAGAGUUCUAACAACAAGGCGAACAAGUGAUCCGGUUGAUUCUGCGACUGGCCUUCCAUCAAACUAUGCGCAUACUAGACGCCCCAUCCCAAAGCGAUCGCAAACGCAUUUAGGUGCGACGGGGGAAUCACAGGACUACAAUGAGCGACAGGAGAGUUAUGAGUUGAAUUACAGUAGUGAUAAUGGCAUAGAUCAACACAAAAUUCUCUCUCCUUCCCAUUCCCCUCCGCCAGUUUCACUCCCUGUGCAGUUGAGCGAUGAGGAGACGGAGAAGAUUUUGGCAGAACAGAAGCGCAAGGAUUUGGCGCGAUUGGAAGCAACAUUGGAUGCAGCCGCAAAUGAUUCUGUCAAAAGUCCCCCUCAAAAAUUCGGAUUCUUCAGCAGUAAAAGACGUGCUACUACUACUACAACUAACCCUAUCCCAGCUGCUCCAUUAUUGAGCAAUGUUGCAUCAAUACAGCGUGCGAUCGCUGAUGGACCACCCAGAAUCGAGGCGCCUGUUAUAAAUCCUGUUGGUAUUCAACAGGGUGGGGGAGGGGUAGUGCCACAAACCGAUGCCCCAAUUUCAGCAUCAAAUGCGUCAGAGAGGGUAAGUCUAUUAUAUUUAACCUCAGAGCGGGGCUAACAAUCUUUUAGAGAGUUUUGAUUCGUUGCAAACAAUCGUCAAUCAACCUACCUGUGGACGGAGAUACGACUCCUAUUGAUAUCAUAAACUCCGCUGCAAACAUCAUGUCGGCUGAUAUCGAUCCACGUACAGCUGUAUUACUGGAAUCAUAUACAACACUUGGUGUAGAGCGCAAAAUUCGUCGCUACGAACAUAUCAGAGAUAUCAUGAAUUCUUGGGAUAGAGAUACACAAAAUGCUCUUAUUGUGGAGGCUUCCGAUUUUUCUGGUUGCAGUGAAGAUCUAGAAGCGUCAUCUGUACCCAAUGAUGCACCUCAAGAUGUUACUGUGCAGCUUUAUCAUUCCCAAAAACCCGGUAAAUGGAAUAAACGCUACAUUACGCUACUUUCUUCUGGUCAAAUAUUUGUUUCCAAAAAGUCGGGAAUGGGCCCGAAUGAUAAAGACUCAAUGAGCAUUUGCCACUUGUCUGAUUUCGAUAUUUACACUCCAACAGCACAACAAAUUAGGAAAACUCUUAAACCUCCUAGGAAAAAUUGCUAUGCUAUUAAGAGUCAACAAAAAACCGCAAUGUUUUUGAGUACGGAAAAUUUCGUACAUUUCUUCUGUACAGAUGAUCAAAUUGCGGCAAAUGCAUGGUACUCUGCUGUUCAAAAAUGGAGAAGCUGGUAUUUGGUGAAAAAGAAGGGUGAAGGUCAGAAAAAGGCUACAAAGACUGUUAAAGCGAUGAAAGCAAGGAUCGCACCAAAGUCUGGAACUGGAAUCAAAGGUGCUCAAACACAUAGAAUAAACGUUUCGGUGGAUGAAGAUCCAUAUAUGAUUGGAUCAUUCAAACCGUUACUUGAUAUGGAUCGUUUCGACCGAUCAGAAGCAGAUGAUUCCACAACCGAGGACGAGAAACCCAAGCAAGUUCCUUUCCACUUACGAAAUACAUCUAUCGUAGCACCACUCCCUCGGCCCGCGAAAAAUGGACCACCGGUAGCUUACCGAGCACCAACCCAAGAAGAUGAAUUUGCAUCGGGUGGAUUGUUAGGAAGAACAUAUUCCGUUCGUCAGAAGGCGCAACAGGAGCGGGAGGAUAGCCUCAAAAAUGGGUCUUUCACAGAUGGAUCGAUACUCAUAAAUGGCAACGCUCAAUCCCGAAGCCUUUCUAUGCCUGCGAAAUCCAAACGCCCUGAAACUGCUAAUGCUGCUAAUACCGGUCUUCAACGCAGUCCAAGUAGUAGAAAACCUAAACCUUUAUUGGAUUUCACACCGCAAUUUGAGGAGGCACCUCAGUGGAAUAAAAAGGGAAAGGGACAUGGUGUAACGGCUCCUACUGGAUUGUUAUUAGUUGAGGCGGCUAAUACACCGGAUACGGGAUUAAUUGAAAUUCCGAAGGCCAAUAUGGUGUUUAGGAGAGAUACGACUAGUCAGAGACCAAGAACUAGUGUAAAUGGAAGGGAUAGAGAUCAUUCAGGAAGUAGAGAUCCGUUUGUUAGAGGAGGGUUGGUUAGUGGGAAUGGAAGUGGAGGCGGAAGGAGCGCAGGAAGUGGUUCGUUGACAAAUAGUGGGAAGGAUAGAGGAAGGAUGGGAUAUGAGUGAGAAGAUGGGAUAUGAGUGAGAAGAUGGGAAAUGGAUAGUGGGAAAGGUAGAUCGAGGGUGGGGUAUCGGC